GCCAUACUUGGAGCCAGGGACCACGGUGGGCCUGUGGAACGGCCUUCAUCGCCGGUUCUUGAGGAUGAACGAUCAGAAAGAUAUCGACUACUGGCCCGGUGGUCAAGUGGGCCCGAUGUUGCCUGGGGACUGGAUCUGGGAGAAGUUCACCGUGGUAGAUGCAGGGUACGGGGAGGUUGCCCUCUACUGCAAGCAUCACAAGCGCUUCCUGUCCAUGAAUGCCGACAACAUGUAUGCCAGUGACGAAACAGAGAUGAGCCUCAAGGAUGGCUGGACUUGGCAGAGGUUCGCCGUGGUACCGGCUCCCGGGGGUAAGAUUGCCCUGCACAACCGAGCGCACAACCGCUUUGUCCAGAUGACCGAGCACAAUGUGCAAGCUAAAGGUCCAAACGCUCCUCAAGACUUCGAAGCCGGGUGGACAUGGGAGAUCUUCCACGUUGUGCAGGUGCCAGACACGAAGGCAGGAGAUCCCCCUUUGGCAGGCAUGGUAUCCUGGUUCAGGAGUGAGGAUGCGGAGGUCGCCUGGCGGAGCGCUGUGGGCUCCUAUGAAGCCUUCGGAUCUGACGGCGUCCAUCGCAAAGUUGAAGCGGGUCAUGGUGCAGCUAGACCUGUGGCCUACAUGGCCGGAGACCAUGGUCAGACCUACAACUUCGGCAAGGUUCUGUCUCCAACCUACACGGUUUGCUCCGUCAGCCGUUACACCGGAGCCCACAAAAAGCGCGUGCUGCAGACUGAAUUGCCUGCCAACUGGCUUCAUGGGCACUGGCACGGGAAGGCCGGUGUUUGCCACUACGGUGAGUGGAACACGCCGCAUGAUGGAUCCUCCACCACGGAUUGGGUGGUUCUCUGUGGCAGCAAUGGACACAAGGUCUUUGAUGGCUCCAAGAACAACAUCGCGAUCAGCAAUGGUCACGGCUUCGACAGGGAAUACCACCUGAAAGUCAAUCCGCAGGACGGCUUCAAGGAGUUUUCGGACUUUGGCGUGAUGGAGGUCAUCACAUGGAACCGGGUGCUGUCGGAUGCGGAGAUGAUGACCACCAUCGACUACCUUCAGAAGAAGUUGAAGCUGGGUACGGCGUAG